AUGGCGAUGGUGGGGGCGGCAGAGGCGCUCGUAGGAGGAGGAAGAGGAGGAUCAAGACAUGAAGUCAUGCAUGGCGCUGCGAGAUUUGACCCGAGAAGCUCGAGACGACCGACAGCAAAGGGGACUGGAGAUGUUUGGGCUGAGGAAAGGAAACUGGCGGCUGCCAUGGAGCACAUGAUAGUUAGAAAGGUUGGUCUGCGACGAUGGUUAGAGGAGAGGCGGGACUUCUGGCCAACUGAAGUAGCAUCAGAGAGGCGACGUGUGGAGAUGGAAGAGGAAAGGAAGGAAGACGUUCUAAGACGGGAAGGCUGGGGAGAAGGAGGAGGAGCAAUUGACGGAUUCGAGAAGCUAAAGAGAGCAAGAUGGGAGGAGACAGCAAUGUCAGACAUCAGAGACUCUCAAGGUGAUGGAGAAAGAGGAAAGGGGCUGAUAAGAUACAUCCAAGACAACGGUGAUGUAAAAGAAAUCGACACUCGAAGCUGGCCGACGAUUACCCUUGGGUCGAAUGACGAAACUCUGCGAAUACGAGGAGGUGGAAACGAGAAGACCGAGGACAAAGAAACAAAUAUGGUCAAGAAAGACAAUAACUUCAGGUGGAGGUCCAUGUUGGAUAACGUGGUGGUCAUCGAAAUGAAGAGGAAGGAUGGUCUCGUAGACAGAUUCUCAAUCUCUGGAAUCGUGUUGGAUUGUUUUCUUGCUAGUCAGAUGCUUGUUGCUGUCCAAAUUCUUGUAGAUUUCUUCAUCGCUAUUCCUGUACUGAAGUUGUACUCUCAAUUUGUUGUGCAGCUUCUGUUGCCAAGCAUGAGCGAGUUUCCAGCAAUCGCAGAGAUGUCUAUCAUGGCUUGUCACUGGGGGUUGCGUACUUGGUCCUUUCUUAAACAGAUGGCGGUGGAUGAAAGAUUUAAGAGUACUCUGACUUUCUCUGGCAUUUCUUUGCGGUUUCUAUCGUGUGAGAUUCCUGGUCUGCUUUUCUUCAUUUGGGCUGCUUGCAGUAGGCGUGACGGAGAGCCGCUCACGAUGAAUCAGCUUGUUGGGCUUGACUCUCAAGGCCUCGGCAAAUUCCUUUCGGACUGGAAAGGAGGAAAACUUUCGCUGCCUCUCCACCUACCGAUGAAGGAUCUGCCUCGUCAUUCAGCUUGCGACUGCUGCCCUAGUUCUCCUGCACGAUCUUCAGCUAGAGUCCCCAACUUGACUCGGAGUGAAGACGCGGAAGAGUCGAGCAGUGCGCGCUACCUGCGCAAGGAGCUUGAGAGUCGACGGCAGGAGGUUGCGGAGCUGCAGGAGCUCAAGCGGCAGCUGCUGCGCUUGGAGUUGCACAAGGCGAAGCUCACGCAAGAGUGCGAGAAGCUGAGAGAAGAGGCAGGAGGCGGGGGAGCAGGAGGAUCAAAGCUGUCUCGUCCCGAUGCAGCCCAUCUAGUCCAACAGCUCGACUCCAGCAGGCGGCCGAAUGUGAUGAAACUUGCUGGAGAAUCUCGUCGGGAUCUCAAGGUGACCAAUCAUACUCAGCGAUCUCCCGCCCCGUCCUCCCAAUUGGCAGAGGACGAGGCGCUAAGCUAUGAGAGCAUAUCCAAUCAAACGGAAGAGGAGGAAGAAAAUCUCCCGGCGAGUAGGCAAAACAUGACGCUCACUGGCGGUCAACCUGAAGCCUCGUCGAGCUGUUUGGCGGCAAGGCAAGAGAGAGGCAAAGAGGCGUUGAGGGACAGGGAGAGGAGGCACAAGCCAAGGUGGAAGGGAGGACUCGGUUUCCUCCUUGCGCCUGCGAUUCAACUCGUGUCGCUUCUCAACCGUAAGCAGUAA